AUGGACAAUGCCGACUUGGAAAGCCUGGAAGUCGGGUUUCGCGCACUCUUGUCCAACGAGGUGGCAAGAAUGAAGUUAAUGGGCUUGCAAAGUCGACCAGAGGAUGAAGCUGACAAGACACGUCUGAGACUUCACUACACCUAUCGGCACGCGCAGCGGCUUCUCGCUGGUCUUGAUCUGAAUCAAAUUCCCCAAGGCGUCGACAACCCUGUAGUUGUCAAUGGUUUGAAAGAGGAACCCGAUUGCCCUGAAAAUUCACGAGCCUUUCGACCCUUCCGACCAAGCGCAGCAGAGCAUCGCGAGAACCUUCAAAAGACUAUCUCUACCACCAAGAAGGGUAAAAAAAGGAAGAGGACCACAGGCCAUGACGGCCCCGAGGCCUCCAGGGAUGGCAACCGCAAAAAGCUGAAGAAAGAGGUGCUUAAACAGCCUAGCCGUGGCCUGGUGGUCCGGCCCUCCCCAAUCAAAAAGAAGGAUGGCGGAGUUUCUGUCUUGGAGCAAUGUAUUUGCACACUGUGGGGGAUCAAACCCAGCGAUAUCAGCCUAGAAAAACGGUCCGUUGCGGAAAGAAUGCUCAGCCCCCAGCACAUCUUCAACAUCCCCCUUAUCCUCCACGACAUCCAAAGCGAGGUAACUGAGGAUCUCGACAGAGCUUUCCAGCCAGGUCAAGGCUGGCGCAACCAGGCAGCACUUUUCUCUCAUGUGAUUAAGUCAUAUGGGACUGACCGUAAAGCAGACUUCAACGUAUUUUAUGCUCGGAUGGGCAAGCUCCAUCUCUACCGUUUCCUAGCCGUGGAGGGCCAUAUCAAUCUGGCCCACUCUCCUGAUAUCGCUUCCAAGUCGCCUUAUCCCUCAAAUACAAUCAUGAACUUCAUGAAGCAGGGGAGGAGGCUGAAUAUGAUGUGUGGCGGCCACGUCGGCCUGAUCUUUCUGCUCCCUCUACUCCGAAAUGACGGAAGCAUUGGGGUGCCGCACGUCCCGGUUUUUACGGAGAAGGAAUUGAAGUUUCUUAGUGCUCUGGUUCGAAAGGCUCGUACCGUCCGUACGCUUUGUUCUUUAGGUCUUAAUGUGAUCAAGGCUGCGCGGAGAGGAGACCAGCCCCCAUCACAGGAGCUGAGGGACCUUUCGCUUCAGCUCAUGGAUACCGAUUGCCUCGACGUGGGGAAACUACUGAACCUUUUCGAGCCAUGGGCUGCGAGGCCAUGCAAGUGUUCCUGA